AUGAUUUCACUUCUAUUUUUGGAAGCGGACUACCUGCAAUAUAUUUCAGCAAUUGGUUCUUCUGCUGAUGCGUCAGCAUAUGCUAAUGCUGUGUCGCUUGCUAUCGGAAAUACACUAGCAAAUGCAGGAAACAUAUCACCUACCCUAACUGCAUCUCUAGCAUCUACGGAUAUACAACCAAUCGCUAAUUUAGUGAAUUCGGUGACAUCGACCACUCUUAACAUACAACAGCCUAACCUUAUUCGAAGUGGAGGAGCAUCAGCUUUCAGCAAUGUACCUUUAACACAAAAUCAAGGAAACCGUGGAAAUCUGGCCUCCGUACAAAGCUUAGUUGGAAAAAGAUUUCAACCUUCGCUUAUGAGAUUUCGUGGACAAGGUGCUACUACUGCUGCUGCCGGAGUUGGACAAGAAGCUGGAAUAUCUACCGCCACUACUGAUAUUAACGUUAUAUCGAAAUUUGCCAACACUAUUUCUUCUAGUCUCUUAUCUUCCAAUGAAUUCACUUCUAUUUUUGGAAGCGGACUACCUGUAACGACGGCACUAAAUUUGGCCAGUAACCUAGCUCAGUCACUUGCAACUCAGAUAGGCUUAGACGAAGUAGGAAUAAAAUCUCUUCUUUCCUUACUUAGCCAAUAUAUUUCAGCAAUUGGUUCUUCUGCUGAUGCGUCAGCAUAUGCUAAUGCUGUGUCGCUUGCUAUCGGAAAUACACUAGCAAAUGUACGAAACAUAUCACCUAUCCUAACUGCAUCUCUAGUAUCUACGGAUAUACAACCAAUUGCUAAUUUAGUGAAUUCGGUGACAUCGAGCACUCUUAGCACACAGCAGCCUAACCUUAUUCGAAGAGGAGGAGCAUCCGGGUUAAGGUCUGCUGUUAAUUCUCGUCUUAGUCGUCCCGGCCUUAUAACUGCCAGUCCACCUGUAUCCGGUGCAGCUGGUGCAGCAAUUUCGGAAUCAGGACUCAUUGAACAAGUUAAUGCCAACCCAUCUGCAGUGUCUACCGCCGGUAUUGGAAACUUGGCAAUCAGUUCUGCAGCGACUAGCUCUACUACCGGACUUGGUGGUGGUAGUGUAUCGCCCGCAUCAGAUGUAGGGUCUUCUGCAGUUUCUGCGCCUUCUUCUAUCGACCCAUCUUCUAGAAUUUCUUCAGCUGCCUCUUUUAUGGUUUCAGGGAGAUCAUUUAAUCCGAAUGCUUUGCCCUCAGUUAUUUCCUACCUAGCAAAUCAGGUGAGAGCUUCGGCCGCGAAUUUAUCCGACUGCGAAAUUGUCUCUCAAGUUCUUUUAGAAACUUUAUCUGCUGUAACACAUCUGUUAAGAUAUGCAGUUAUAGAUGAAGUAAACUACAGUGAUCUUGCAAAUACUGCCAGUUUCAUUGGCCAGGCUUUAGGCUAA